CUCCCAAUUUGGAAGUUAGGAACAAAAGAACUCAACUACCUCCCAACAACUCAGGCGGAGUACUCAAUGCUGACUCUCUCUUUGUUCAAAUCUCACGCUUACCUUUAACCAAAAUAUGAAGGCAAAACCACACCAAUUCACACUCUCUCUCUUUCAAGGUACACUCUUUUUUCAGUUUCUAUUACUACCAUUACUCAUUGACUUGUCUCUGCUAUUUGAGUAUGGAAAUCCCGCUCUUACGCUACCAUAGUGUAUCAUUAGAUCAAAUUUCAAACACUAGGAGAAAAAGCCUUUUACAUUUCAAGCAGCACAAGUCUUUGUUGUUUUCUGGGUAUUGUUUUUCAUUCAGUAAGAGAAAAUGGAGAAACCCUUUUGAUAGAAUUAGGUGUUGUUCACUGGAACAAGGGCUGCAGCCGCCAUGGGGGCUGAAGCCGAAGCCGAAACCGUCGAAAAUGGAUGCUGUGGAGAGGAAAGGGGCGGUUUUGGAAGAACCCCAGAUGAGAAAACAGCCCAGUUCUGGGAUUUGUAGUCAGAUAGAGAAGUUGGUUUUCAAUAAGAGGUACAGAGAGGCACUUGAAUUGUUUGAGAUUUUGGAGUUUGAUGGUGGUUUUGAAUUGGAAUCUAGCACCUAUGAUGCGUUGAUUAGCGCUUGCAUAGGUUUGAAUUCGAUUAGAGGGGUGAAAAGGGUUUCUAGUUUUAUGAGUAGUAAUGGGUUUGAGUUGGAUUUGUAUAUGAGGAACAGGGUGCUGCUUAUGCAUGUCAAAUGUGGGAUGAUGACUGAUGCGCGUAGGUUGUUCGUUGAAAUGCCGGAGAAGAACUUGGUUUCGUGGAAUACGAUAAUUGGGGGGCUUGUGGACUCUGGUAAUUAUGAUGAGGCAUUCCAGCUUUUUUUUAUUACGUGGGAGGAGUCUUCAGAUGGUGGGUCGCGAAUAUUUUCCACGAUGAUUCGGGCAUCUGCUGGGCAGGGACUAAUUUUUGCGGGAAGACAAUUUCACACGUGUGCUUUAAAGAUGGGUGUUGCUGAUGAUAUAUUUGUGACUUGUGCUCUAAUUGACAUGUAUAGUAAGUGUGGGAGCAUUGAAGAUGCUCAAUGUGUUUUUGAUGAGAUGCCAGAGAAGACAACAGUUGGGUGGAAUUCCAUUAUAGCAGGUUAUGCACUUCAUGGUUAUAGUGAAGAAGCUCUGAGAAUGUUCUAUGAGAUGCGUGAUUCCGGUGUUGAAAUGGACCAUUUCACAUUUUCAAUGGUUAUAAGAAUAUGUACAAGGUUGGCUUCUUUGGAGCAUGCUAAGCAAGCUCAUGCAAGUUUAGUCCGUCAUGGUUUUGGAUUAGAUAUAGUAGCGAACACAGCACUUGUAGAUUUCUAUAGCAAAUGGGGGAGAAUGGAAGAUGCCCGUCAUGUUUUUGACAAGAUGCCCCAAAAGAAUGUUAUUUCUUGGAAUGCCUUGAUUGCUGGAUAUGGUAAUCAUGGUCAUGGAGAAGAGGCUAUUGAGAUGUUUGAGCAGAUGCUUCGGGAAAAAAUGAGACCCAACCAUAUCACCUUUCUUGCAGUUUUAUCUGCUUGUAGUUAUUCAGGUUUAUCAGAACGUGGUUGGGAGUAUUUUAAAUCAAUGAGUAGGGAUCACAAGAUUAAGCCCCGUGCAAUGCAUUAUGCAUGUAUGAUUGAAUUAUUAGGUCAAGAGGGCCUUUUAGAUGAAGCCUUUGCACUGAUACGAAGUGCUCCAUUUAAACCUACAGCUAACAUGUGGGCUGCCUUGCUGACAGCUUGUCGUGUUCAUGAGAAUUUAGAGCUUGGAAAGUUUGCAGCUGAGAAGCUUUAUGGAAUGGAGCCUGAAAAGCUUAAUAAUUAUAUUGUGCUUUUAAAUAUAUACAACAGCUCUGGCAACUUGAAGGAAGCUGCUGCCGUUGUUCAGACCUUAAGAAGAAAGGGUUUGAGAAUGCUUCCUGCAUGCAGUUGGAUUGAAGUUAAAAAGCAGCCAUAUUUUUUCCAUUCUGGGGAUAAAAGCCAUGCCCUAACAAAAGAGAUUUACCAAAAAGUGGACAACUUGAUGCUAGAGAUUUCAAAACAUGGUUAUGUUCCCGAGAGAAAAUAUUUGCUUCCCGAUGUUGAUGAACAGGAAAAGCGGGUUUUAUUGUACCACAGUGAGAAACUGGCAAUAGCUUUUGGGCUGAUCAACACUCCAGGUUGGACACCACUGCAAAUCGUGCAGAGUCAUCGGAUUUGUGGUGACUGCCAUAGUGCAAUUAAAUUAAUAGCCAUGGUUACUGGACGUGAAAUUGUUGUGAGGGACGCCAGCAGAUUCCACCAUUUUAGAGAUGGGAGUUGUUCAUGUGGGGAUUAUUGGUGAUUACAAAAAAAUUUUGUUCGACUUUAUAGCUUGUUUUUAUGAUCUCUUGUUUGUCAUUCUUUUUUUAUUUUUUAUUUCUUCCUUCUCUUAGAUACAUUGAUACAAUAAUGUAACCACACAUUGUAGUUAUAACUUUUAGCCACAAUGAAUAGAAGCCAGAGUUCUAUUUUUAAGAA